AUGGCCACUCCUCCGCCCUCCUCUGAGCGCCAGAGCUACCAUCCAGACUGCGAGGCCGCCAUCAACCACCAGAUCAGCCUGGAGCUCUAUGCGGCCUCCGUGUACACCACCAUGGCCAGCUACUUCCAGAGGCCCGACCGGGCCUGGCAGCAGGGCUCCCAGUACUUCCAGAAGAUGGCCUUCAAUAAGAGGGAGCAGGCGGAGCGGCUGCUGUGGCUGCAGAGCCAGCGCGGGGGCCGGCUCCUACUGGAGGACGUCCCCUGGCCGCAGCAGCACGAGUGGGACAGCAGCCUGAUGGCCCUGGAGCUGGCCAUGCUCCUGGCGAAGAGAGUGGACCAGGGCCUGCGGCACCUGCACCGCCUGGCCACCCACCGGGAGGACGCCCACCUGUGCGAGUUCCUGGAGAGCCACUGCCUGCACCCACAGGCCGCCUUCCUCCAGGAGCUGGGCGACCACAUCAGCCAGCUGCGCCAGAUGCAGGCCCCCGAGACCGGCCUGGAGGAGGACCUGCUCCACAAGCUCACCCUGGGCGACAGAGAGGAGCACUGA